CCACCAUAACAACAUUCGCUAGCUGAAAACCCGUGGAAAACAAGGAAGUGAACUGUCAUCUAGUCUGAAGGCCCAGCUGUUGUAUAACUAUAUUCCGUUUUCUUCGACUAAAAGGCCUACAAAUCUUUUCAGAACAAUGAACAACAAAGGUUCAUAUCCCCAGCAAGCUGUGUACCCUCAGCAAAACAGUGCACCUAUGUACCCACCUGCAAUGCAAGUGAACCCUCAGGCACCUCCUUACACAGAUGCACCACCUGCGUACUCUGAGAUAUACCAGCCCAGAUAUAUACAUCCGUCUCAGGCAGCUGGCCAGUUGCCCCAGAUGUCUGCUGCCUACCCCGGUACUCAGAUGUACAUGCCCCUACAGCAGACCAUGCCUGUUGGAGCAAUGGGUCACAAUGUUCCCAUGGCCUACUAUCCCAUGGGAGCCAUGUAUCCCCCUGGCUCUACAGUUCUGGUGGAAGGUGGCUAUGAUGCUGGAGCUCGCUUUGGGGCUGGCAACAAUGUUUCCAUUCCUCCCCCACCCCCAGGACACCCCCCUAAUGCAGCACAGCUAGCAGCAAUGCAAGGGGCCAACGUCAUGAUGACCCAGCGCAAGAAUAACUUCUUCAUGGGUGGCUCCAACGGAGGGUAUACCAUCUGGUAACAGCAAGAAUUUUCCUUGUCAACUUCACCUUUACCGUUGUCCUCCAUUCCUACCCUCUCCUGUUCCAUCUGCCUUCCACUACAGGCUGCUUGGACGUGCCACGAUACUGAUAUCACCCAAUGGAAUGUAAUACUUGUCUUUAGAGCCCUGAUCAAGGUACAGCACUCCACCUCUAAUCUAGAGUCAGACCAGUGAACAGUACUAACAACACUGCCUCUAGAGGGGAGACGGUAAUUAGUGAUGAAACCCGUUUUUAGAAUGCAGAACUGACUCCCUGACCCUUACAAACAUGGGUGAAUAUGAGAACAAUUGCAGGAUUUUGACAUGCAAAUAUGGUGGUUUUCUGUACCUUAUUGGGUAACUGUAGAUAAACAUAAUCAGGUGCCAAAGAGCACUGGACUUAGCCUAAAUAAAAAUAAAUUAACUUAAGUAAACUUAAAUAAAAUUCAAGGGAUGAAAUUCAGUGCAAUUCCAAAUUUAGAUUUGGAUAGAAAGGGUUGGUUGGCUUAACAUUUUAGCAAGUUGUUUAUUCCUCAUUCCAAGUCGGAUACCCAGCGUUGUACAUCUGUGUUUGAUUAUGUAGAGAACAAUGACUCCUCUUUUGUCUUCAAAUGUAAUGUAAGCUUGAACAUAUAAAAUUAGGAGUUUUGAGUUUGUAUGCCACUAGAAUAAUUUAGCUUGUAUCACACUUUUAAGGUUAAAAUAAAACAUUAAGAUUUUAUAUUUCA